AUGUCAAAAAUAGUAGGAGUGUUUUUUGGUAUUGAUGAUGGAAAGGGUGUAAUUUGUGAAAUUAUUGAGGAUAAGAUUUCAUUAAAGACUAGUUGGGAAAGAUGGAAAAUUAAGGUUUUUGAUGAAAGUUAA